AUGGCAGCACCUAGGCUGGAAUCUUUCAGGCGGGGUAGCAUGUUCGACGGAUCUUUCAGGCGAGGUAGCAUGUUCGAUGGAUCGUUUAGACAAAGCUUAAGAGAUAGGCUUAUCCCACCACAGAACAGAGGCUACUCUUACGUCAUUGACGUUGACGACAAACCUCCCGUCAAUUGCUGCUCCUACAGGUACUUCCUCGACAAGAUCACUGGGUUUGUAAAGAAAUCACAGGAUGUUUUGGCUACGGCGUGGGAGAUGGGAACGUCUGACCCGAGAAAGAUCAUAUUCUCGGCGAAGAUGGGUUUGGCUCUGACACUCGCCUCCAUUCUCAUCUUCUUUAAGCUCCCAGGAUCAGACCUCAGCAGCCACUAUCUCUGGGCCAUUCUCACAAUAGUUGUUAUCUUCGAGUUCAGUAUAGGAGCCACCUUUAGCAAAGGAUGUAACCGAGGAAUAGGAACAUUAUCUGCUGGAGGAUUGGCGCUUGUCAUGGCUGAAAUAUCUGCAAUGACUGGAAACUGGGCAGAGGUUUUCAAUGCUGUUAGCAUCUUCGUCGUAGCCUUCUUUGGGACUUACGCGAAGCUAUAUCCAACGAUGAAGCCGUAUGAGUACGGGUUCCGGGUGUUCUUGCUGACCUAUUGCUACGUGAUAGUGUCGGGAUACAGAACAGGGGAAUUCAUGGAAACAGCUGUGUCAAGGUUCCUUAUGAUCGCACUCGGUGCCUGCAUUGGCCUCACUGUCAACACUUGCAUUUAUCCCAUAUGGGCUGGGGAUGAUCUCCAUAACUUGGUCGCCAAGAACUUUGUCAAUGUCGCCACUUCUUUAGAAGGAUGUGUGAAGGGAUAUCUGGAUUGCGUAGCAUAUGACACGAUCCCAUCGAGGAUUCUGGUCUAUGAAGCUGUCACGGACGAUCCAGUGUACAGUGGUUACAGAUCAGCCGUUCAAUCUACAAGCCAAGAAGACACUUUGAUGGGGUUUGCUGCAUGGGAGCCACCACACGGUCCAUACAGAUCCUUUAGAUAUCCAUGGAAUAUGUAUGUGAAAGUAGGUGGCGCCUUGAGGCAUUGUGCUUUCAUGGUCAUGGCCUUACAUGGCUGCAUCCUCUCUGAGAUCCAGGCUGCAGAGGAUAAAAGACAAGAAUUCCGAAACGAGCUACAAAGGGUGGGAGUAGAAGGAGCGAAAGUGCUCAGAUACAUUGGGGAGAAACUGAAGAAGAUGGAGAGGAUAAGCCCAACAGAGAACAUUCUCAACGAGAUUCACCAAGCAGCCGAGGAGCUUCAGAGCAAAAUCGACAAGAAAUCGUACCUCCUCGUGAACGCCAACAACUGGGAAAUCGGGAAUCAGUCCAGGGGUUUGAGUGACGAGUACAAAAUCUCGAAUCUCGACGGGGAUCUAAGCCGGAUCCUGUCUCAUAAAUCCCAGAGCGAGGCCAUCCUUCGUCCGCCCACGAAUUGGGAUGCUGUAUCUACUUCUAAGAGCCCGAGCUCGGCGGCGGCGAUACAGCAGCAAUCGAGGACGGUGAUACAGAAACAGCCGUCGUGGCCUAGCCGGGUCUCUCUGACGCCGGGGAGUAUGUUGCAGCCACAGGAGGAGAUGUACGAGAGCGCGAGUGCUCUGUCUCUAGCUACGUUCGCUUCGCUGCUGAUAGAAUUCGUCGCUAGGCUUGAGAAUCUCGUUCAUGCUUACGAUGACCUGAGUGCUAAAGCCAAUUUCAAAGAGGCUGUUUCUAAGUGA